AUGUUAUCUUUCCUAUUUCUCCAUGGCUGUUCGAAAAUCCAAUUUUCGGAAUACAACAUUGUGCUGCCAUUUAAAUUAAAAGACCAUAAAUCACCCACAUUUAAUCUCACAGCUUAUAGAGGUAAUGUUAAAUUUGUUUCAUUAAACGAAAAACUUUUAACCGUUCAACCUAAUCCAUCAAGAAGAGAUCAGAGCUCUGCUAUGUUAGUUGUUCAUCAUGAAGGACCAAAUCCAGAACGAGUUAAUAUAAGUGUUACCUCUCCAAGCGAUGAACCGAUCAUAUUUCCUGUUUAUAUUGAAGGAAUUCAUUCAGCUGUUAUUGAGACAAGACGAAAAUACUUAUACACUAAUAUAACCAUCGAUGAAUAUAGUAUAAAACCGAAAAAUGAAUUUGGAGACAUUAUUGAAACACUUGACGGCUACGACGUUGAGUGGAUCUUUAAUUCCUCAGUAAUCAGACGUUUGUCCCAAGGUGAAAUAGAUCGUGACACAAUCGGUAGUAAACUCGAAUCCCACAUUUUCGUUCAAGGCAUUUUACCCGGUAAGUUCUCCCUAGGUGCCAAGAUCGCCAACACAGUUAUUGUUCCUAACGUUACAAUCACAAUUAUUGAUCCAAUUUAUCUUCUUCCAAGCUCCAAGACAAUGCUUCCAGGAUGCAAUUUCCAAGCUAAGCUUUGCAAGAAAAAUUACAACACAUAUAACAACAGUUGUGAUCAGAUCGAUCUUCCAAAAGAAAAGUACUUCUUCAGUUCUCAAGAUGAAAAUAUAGUUACAGUUGACCAAAGUGCCAGAAUUCACGCUGUUCAUAUCGGUACCACACAAGUCCGUGUUACAAAUAAAGAAUUCGCCCUUAACAGAGUUGAUAUGAAUAUAGAAGUUGUUUCGCCAUCAAAGAUAUUCAUUCCAGAACAAUGGAUUAUAAUAGGAGAAGCACCAUCGACUGAUGGCGCAAUAUUCUAUGAUCAUAAUAAUAAUAUACUUGACAAACCAGCUCACAUUGAUUGGCAACUCACAGAUGAAUAUAAGAAUCUUGGUAAUCACACAGUUACCGCUACUGCUUUUGGUAAGUCAACACAAUUCAGAGUCCAUGUUUACGAGAGACCAAGAUUUGAUCCAGAUGAUGUUGUUCUACCACUUCACCACAAUGAAUAUUAUCCCAACCUUAUUUAUGGCAGUGGUGAUUUCACAUGGAGCACACCCAAUAUUAAAGGAAUUAUCAUUGGCAUGUUCCAUAACAUCAUCUCCUACGAAGUUGGCAAGUAUCAAGUCAUUGCACACGACAACAUAUUGAAUGUUGAUGCAAUCCUCCAUGUCACCAUUGAAAAAAUGGUUGAUCCAAGAUUUGUAUUCCCACGUACAGAGUUCAUUCCAAACGAGAAUGUCAGCUACACAUUCCAAGUCAGAUCUCAGGGUGGAAGACCAUUCACACACCUUGAUCCAUUCACUGUCACAUCAGCACAGCCAAACAUUGUUCAUGAUUCGGAUGAUAUCCUUACAUCUAUUUCCAAAGGCUUUGCAACAAUCACAUGCAAGAUCACAGACUACGAACAAAUCACAUUAAUUGGUGUUUAUGAACCACUAUCUGUUACAAAGAUUAUCACCGUUGAUAAUGUUGAAGAAGAAACACCAAAUCUCGACCGCCAAGAUGGUCCAAUGCAAUGGCCGGAUUCUAAGAAACCAAAGGCUACAAUCACAUGUGGCAAUGCCAAAGUAGAAUUAAUUGAUGACACUUAUCUUCGCUUACGUAGCUCAUACAAUGGCAUGUGCAAACUCAGUGUUGUUAACGAGAAGACAGCGGCUAACCCAUCUCCCAGACCAGAUUCUGUUGAAUUCCAAGUCAGAGCUAUCAAGAUUGAUUCAAUAGCAAUCGUAGUUAUUGAUCCUAAGUCAAAGAACAUUCCAGAGAGUGGACUUGCUAAAUCAACAGUUAAUACUACUGAGAUCCUUGAUUUACAGGGCAAGGAUGUCAAAAUCCCAGCAAUUCAUCAGCCAGAACUCAAGAUCUUUGCUUUUUCAGAAGGUAAAAAUCUAAUUGGUGAAUAUUCUCAUCCAAAGCAGAUCAUUCAAGUUGGUGACAGAGUCUUCAACAAGACAUCUCAGAUUCCAUUACUUGACGAUGAAACUCUUAUUACUGUUAUCAUGCCAGAAUCAUUACAAGUCAGACCAGUUUCAGUCAAAGUCAUUCCAAUUCAGAAGAUCACUUUACAAGAAAACAUCUCCAUUUAUGAUAAAUCCGAAACUGGUGUCAGCAUCCCAAUUUCUGGCGGCACAGGAAACUAUACUAUUGUUUCUGGAUCAGGUGCCACAAUCGAUGGUAACUCUCUUACAUUGAUGCCAUCAAAGGCUAACCUUGAAAGAAAGGUUACAGUCAAGGACUAUUUCAUUGAUGAAUAUAAGGAAACAAUAGUUGUCCGAACAGAAGCACCAGCUAGACUUGUCAUUGAAGGCCCGGAUGUCUGUGUAGUUGGAACUAUUGUUAGAUUCAAACCACACGUUCUCAGCGCAUUCAACAACGAAAUCCCAACAACAUUUGAAGAUUACACAGCAUCUACUCCAGGAUUAACUCAUGAUCAUGACAAUGAGUGGGCGAUUACUGCUACUUCCGAGGGCAGAAUCGACAUUGUCAUGUCAGCAUUAGGGUUAUCUGGUUCUAGGAUAUUAAUCGUGCUCAACAAGAUCAUGAUUGACCCAGAGAACGUCACAAUGUUCCCAGGCGAAACAUUAAUCCCACACAUCAUCGGUGCUGGCAAGAACGACAUUGUUAUAUUCAGCACAACAGAUAAAGAUGUUGCCAACAUGGACGGUAACAUUCUCAGAGCAGUCAGUGCAGGAAAAUGUGUUAUUACCGCCCGCAUCGAAGGCAAACCAAUUCUUGGUGAAGCCAACCUUACUAUUCACGUUCUUCACAUCAAAGAUUUCAAGAUCCUUCAGUUCCCAGAACACCCAUACGUUGAUUCCAUCAUCCAUUUGACUCCAAUCUUUGAAACAGACAUUGGACCAAUUAUCCCAAGAACAACUACUUGGAUUAUCGAAGGAAACAACCAGUGGGAGAAGCUCUAUGAUAACUCCGUCAUCAUUAGAGCCAAUAGCAAUCAAUCAAUUUAUGUUAAUGUUACAAGUCUUCUUGAAUCAGUUGCACAGUACAUCGAAGUUGAUGACAAACUUGAACUUGAGACACCAAGAGAAAUAUCAAUCCCAGUUAACCAUCCAUACACAAUCAAAGUAAAGAACAACCUUCCAGCCAACCACUCAGUCCUUUGCAGCGAAAAGGGAUUGAAUGUCCAAAAUGGAACAAUCACUGGCACAAAACCAGGAAGAUACGUCGUUAAGACAGAUUACAAGCAGCAGUGGCAAGUUACACAAGUCACUGUUUCAACACCAGAAGAACUCUAUUUACAGACUGACGCAGCUUCAAUCCUUCCAAUUCCAUUAGACAUCAAUGGACAGCAGUACACAGAGUUCUCUCAUGACAACCUUAAGUACAACGUUUCCAAAGAGGCCAUUCUCAACAACGAAAGAUACUCAUUCGGUGAAGUCGAAGAGCCAACAUAUGUCCAGUUCACAUUCGCUGAUGGAAAGAACUAUGCUGUUAAGAACACUACAUUGAUUUCCCAUUCCAUGGUUUAUCCAGAAGCUCCAUUUGUAAUGAAGGGUGCAUCACUUCAGUUCUCUUGCGCUGCCAAACGCCCAAGAUGGUCAUCAUCCAACGACUAUGUUGUCACAAUCAAUGAUUACGGUCUUGCCAAGGCUGUAAAGGGCGGAAGAUCCACAAUCUCUUGCGACAACAAGCAUACAACUCCAAUCACAGUCGUUGAAUUGAGACAAAUCCAAAUCAACGAGCGCAUUCCAAUGAAGGAGUAUGCCAUUGAGCCAUCGUAUACAGGAGCAAUCGGAUCUGCUGCAGGACAACAAGUUUAUCUUCCAAAUGAUAUCCAGUUGUCAUGCUCAUGGAAUGCUCCAUCAUGUGGUGAAGUUAAGGUUGUCAGUCCUAAUAACUUGUCCAAUGCUUAUUGCCAAGUUAUACUAUAUUCUAAGAGAACAUGCCCACAAUACAUUGAUUUGAACGCUACAAUUACUUCAAGAAUCACAGGACUUGAGGUCACAGGACACAAGAAGAUCAUCUAUGAGUCUGAUGUUUGGGGAGUUCCUUCAUACAUGCAGAUCAUGUUGACAAAGGAACAUCCUUCCAAGUUCAUCCCAGUCAAGCCAUCCAAGGAUGAAAUCAUUGUUUAUAAGGAUGCACAUUAUGAAGUAGAAUUCCCAGAAAACGGUGGAUUUAUCAUCAAGGCCACAAAGAGAUUCAACGGACAAGGAAAGGUCAUACUCGAAUACAACGGAACAAAGACUGAAGCUGUUGGCGAAAGAGUAGAAAUAGACAUUAACCCAACAAACGUAGCUGUAGUACAGCCAAACUUGUGGGAUAGAUUACUCUUCAUCCUCUCUGUUAUCUGCACAGUAGUCCUUGGUUUAUACGCUGCUUACAUGUUAGGACAGAGUGGAAACUUACCUGCUUUCUCUCCUUAUAAGACUCGAAACUAA